AUGUCCGAAACGGUCGAUAUCACGGUUGAAUUCACUGGUGGCCUGGAGAUGCUUUUUGACAAUGUAUCAAAGCACUCAUUGUCACUGGCCAAAGACGCAGACGACGGGAAACCCCCAACGGUCGGAUAUCUGGUCAAGUACCUCUGCAGUAAUUUGAUGAAGGACUCGAGAAAAGAGCUGUUCGUUCUCGACGGCAAUGUUCGACCAGGCAUUCUCGUCUUGAUCAACGACUCUGACUGGGAACUCGAGGGCGAAGACAAAUACGAACUAGUCAACAAAGAUACUAUUCUAUUCGUGUCUACUCUUCACGGUGGCUGA